UCUAAAGACGAUCCGCAAUGACAACGCUAGCGGUUACUUGACUAGGAAGUAGUAGAAGUUGUAGUGCGAAGAUGUUUAAUUAACAGCCUUCAGGAUUUCUUAAUACGUCGUAGCCGGUCAUGUGGAAACAUAGCAUUAUUUUUUGGAUACGUUUAAUCGACCGGUAGUUUCUCUCUCGCCUUAAACGUUGUUCUGUAUUCGCGGGCAUAUGUUUCAUUGUGCGCUAGUGAUAGCGGUAACUUACAUGUGCGUUAAUUCAUGCUCGUUUAAUGCUGCUUCUGGGGCGUGUCGGAGCACUUCGUUAUAGCGGUUCCGUUCUCUCACUUUCUUUAAUACACAUUGGAUUUCUAGCGCGUAAGAUUAUGAAUUCUGGCCAGACAGUGAAGUGCUUGAGUGAUACAGCUGGAAAUGUGGGCAUACGCGUAAAGGAUGACGCGGAUUCGGACAGACUCGUUGGUGGAGACUCGCUGAUGGUGGCGGAAGAAAGACACCCGAGAUCGGCCAGUCCCAGAGGCACAAACGGGGAUGAUGACUCCGAAGCGGAGUCCCACCAGGACGGGCGUAACGUGGAUGUGGACCCGGAUACCAGGAGGAGGGCGUUCAGCUGGUGCCGUGACUUUCUGUCCGGGUCAUGGAAAGUUAUAACGGAGCAUGACUUCCAGAUUAAAAUAGUCAGUGGAGGACUCAGUAACCUGCUGUACAUGUGCAGUUUACCAGAUGAUGUUAAGCCGGCCGGGGUUGAACCUCGAAGAGUUCUGCUCCGUAUCUAUGGGGCCAUUUUACAGGGCGUGGAUUCACUUGUUUUGGAAAGUGUGAUGUUUGCCAUUUUAGCAGAGAGAGAGUUGGGCCCGCGUCUCUAUGGCAUUUUCCCAGAGGGUCGUCUGGAGCAGUAUUUGCCCAGCAAUCGUUUGCGUACAGAGCAGCUGUCAUACUCUCAGAUCUCAGCCGAAAUAGCCAGUAAGAUGGCACGAUUCCAUGGCAUGGAGAUGCCAUUUAACAAGGAGCCCAAAUGGCUGUUUGGAACCAUUGACAGGUAUAUGGAUCAAGUUAAGACAUUGAAAUUUGUGCGUGAAGCUCACAUCAAGAAAUUCAACAAGCUGAUGAAGUAUGAUCUUCCUGCAGAACUGGAAAGUCUGAGGUCACUGCUGGCAGCUACCCCCUCUCCUGUGGUGUUCUGCCAUAAUGACGUUCAGGAAGGGAACAUUCUCAUGUUGGACGGCCGGGAGAAUUCAGCUGACAAGCUAAUGCUUAUCGAUUUUGAAUACAGCAGCUAUAAUUACAGAGGCUUUGAUUUUGGGAAUCAUUUUUGUGAAUGGAUUUAUGACUACACAUAUGACCAGUGGCCUUUCUAUAAGGCAAAGGUGGAAAAUUAUCCUAACAGAGAACAGCAGGUGCUCUUGGAUUGAGUUCUGGUGACUGUGGAGGCCAUUU